AUGAUAGAUAGCUUCCUUGAAAAAUUGUUCAAAUGUGAAUAUCUUUCGGAAAGCGAAAUAGAAGCUCUUUGUAAAAAAGGAACAGAGGUUCUAUCAAAAGAGCCAAAUAUAGUUUCAUUAAAAUCGCCCAUAACUAUUUGUGGUGAUAUACAUGGACAAUUUUAUGAUUUGAUGGAGCUUUUCAAAGUAGGUGGUAUGCCACCAGACACAAAUGAUCUUUUUAUGGGUGAUUUCGUUGAUAGAGGGUACCAUUCAGUUGAGACAUUUUCUCUCAUGCUUUGUUUGAGAAUAAAAUACCCUAAAAAGAUUACAAUUUUGCGAGGCAACCAUGAAAGUAGGCAAAUUACACAAGUUUAUGGCUUUUUUGAUGAAUGUACACGGAAAUACGGUACAUCUAAUGUUUGGAGACUUUUCACUGAUUUAUUUGAUUAUUUGCCAUUGGCUGCUCUUAUAAACAACACACAUUUCUGUUGUCAUGGUGGUCUCAGUCCCGCAAUUGAAACUCUCAAUCAAUUACACGAGCUCGAUAGAAAGCUAGAGGUACCACAUGAAGGAGGAAUGUGUGAUUUGUUGUGGUCUGAUCCUGAUGAAAGACCUGGUUGGGGUACAUCACCAAGAGGCGCUGGUUUUACUUUCGGUCGGGAUAUUACAAUGAAAUUCAACAAAACGAAUAACUUGACAAUGUUGUGCAGAGCUCAUCAAUUGGCAAUGAACGGGUAUAGUUUCAAUCAUAAUGAAGAGUGUGUGACUGUCUUUUCUGCACCUAAUUAUUGCUAUAGAUGUGGUAAUAUGGCUACAUUGAUGGAAAUGGAUGACACUGGUAAUUAUAUUUUUAAACAAUUCUUACCCGCCCCAGAAACAGAAGAAAAAGAAAAUAUAACAAAAAUACCAGAUUAUUUUGUGUGA